AUGUCUCUCUCCUCUGCCUCCCCGAUUUCUCGCGGCGCACGCUCGCUCCAGAGUCGCUUGUCUUUCAAGAGAGGCGACUUCUCUUCUCCGUCUUGCCUCGCCAAAGCGAACGGGUUUGCCAAGCGAGCGCUGAAUCCCUACGCCUUCUCAUCCCUCUCCCUCGGUGUCUCGUCCCAUGCCCGCGUGUGUGCGGCUCUCGCCUCCAGCGCGUCUCCUCUCCGCCACGCUGCGCUCGGUGCUGUCUCCUCGCCCUUCGCCCUGCGGGCCAAGGAGGCCCGCGCCCUCACGACUCGCGCCGCUGGGGCUCCACACGCCGCGCCCGACCCUGCCACGGAGGACGGUGUCUCGCCGAGCGGAGACAGCGGCGCGUCCAGAGGAAGCCCCGGCUCCGUCAGCCGCGCAGACGAAGAAGAAGGAACUGUGGAGCGAAGAAAAAGGAGCAACGAGGAGGGAAAACGCGAGCAGGACGAAGCUGAAAGAUCAGAGGGCGCCGAAGGCGCCGAUGAGGACGCACCGGCUGUGGAAGAGAAGUACCGACAGUGCUUGGAGGAAGUCGAAAAUUUGAAGAAGAAGAACCGCGAGCUCCAAGACAAGGCGCUCCGAGCCUUCGCUGACAUGGAGAACGCCCGGAUGCGUCACCAAAAAGAAAUGGCGUCACUGAAGGAGUACGCGGUGUCUGACUUCGCAAAGGCGAUGCUCGACGUGGCGGACGCCAUGGCCUACGCAACGAAUUCUCUUCACGAGGCGGUCCAGAGCGACUCGUCCCUUUUGGCGGGCCAAGAAGCGAACGGGGCUGUGGAUCUCGUCGCGCUCAAGGAAAGGCUGCAGCAAAUCUACGACGGCGUCAAACUGACGGAGAAUCUCUUGCAUAAAACGUUCGAUCGGUUUGGCGUCGAGCAAUUCGAUCCUGCGGGCGAGAAGUUCAAUCCGGCCUUGCACGAAGCUCUCUUCGAGCUCGAGCACCCCAACAAGGCCAAAGGAGAGGUUGCGCAGGUCAUUCAGAAAGGUUACAAAAUUAAAGAUCGCGUGCUGCGGGCUGCGAAAGUGGGCGUUGCAAAGGGCGCGCCUAACGCGACGUCUGCUUGA